CGAUAUAUCAUCGCAUAUUCGUAUCCCUGUGGUGGUCUUCAGUUCAACUAGUGCGUGACCUUUGUGUGAAAACGAAAGCCACAAUACUCUUUUCUCUCUCCCUUCUCUUUCUAGAAUCUGCGUUUCCUUUUGUUGCUCUGCUUCGCGUUCGUGUUCUACGUCGUCGUUUUUGAGCUGGUUAAAGGGAUUCUAUUCUAGGGUUUCACGCAAGAAGAAGAAGAAGAAGAUGACGACGACGAUGGAGAGCUUGAUUGGGCUGGUGAACCGAAUCCAGAGGGCUUGCACGGUGCUCGGUGACUAUGGCGGCGCUGAUAACAACACCUUCUCUUCUCUCUGGGAAGCUCUUCCUUCUGUUGCUGUUGUUGGUGGCCAGAGUUCAGGGAAGUCUUCAGUUUUGGAGAGCAUUGUUGGUCGUGACUUUUUGCCAAGAGGAUCAGGGAUUGUGACUAGGCGUCCAUUGGUGUUGCAGCUUCAUAAACUCGAAAGUGGGUCGCAAGAGUAUGCCGAGUUUCUUCACCUGCCCAGGAGAAAGUUCACUGACUUUGCUUUGGUCCGCCAAGAAAUUCAGGAUGAAACUGAUAGAGUAACAGGGAAGACAAAACAAAUAUCUCCUAUUCCAAUUCAUCUUAGCAUCUAUUCGCCAAACGUUGUCAACCUAACUUUGAUUGAUUUACCGGGUCUGACUAAAGUGGCUAUAGAGGGACAACCUGAGAAUAUUGUUCAGGAAAUUGAAACUAUGGUUCGUUCUUAUGUUGAAAAGCCUAAUUGCAUCAUACUAGCAAUAUCUCCAGCCAAUCAAGACAUAGCAACUUCUGAUGCUAUUAAACUUGCCAAGGAAGUUGAUCCCACAGGUGAAAGGACAUUUGGGGUGUUGACAAAGCUAGAUUUGAUGGACAAAGGAACCAAUGCUUUGGAUGUCCUUGAAGGAAGGUCUUAUCGUCUGCAACAUCCUUGGGUUGGUAUAGUAAAUCGAUCCCAAGCGGACAUCAAUAGAAAUGUUGAUAUGAUUGUUGCUAGACGUAAGGAGCGUGAGUAUUUUGCAACCAGUUCUGAUUAUGGGCACUUGGCCAAUAAGAUGGGUUCAGAAUACCUUGCAAAACUUCUCUCACAGCAUUUGGAGUCAGUAAUCAGGGCAAGGAUACCUAGUAUAACAUCUUUAAUAAACAAAAGUAUCGAAGAACUUGAAUCGGAGAUGGAUCAUCUUGGGAGACCUAUUGCUCUUGAUGCUGGGGCUCAAUUAUACACCAUCCUAGAACUUUGCCGAGCAUUUGAACGGAUAUUCAAGGAACAUUUAGAUGGAGGGCGUCCAGGAGGAGAUAGGAUAUAUAAUGUCUUUGACAAUCAGCUUCCUGCUGCUUUACGGAAGCUUCCACUUGACCGGCAUCUUUCUCUCCAGAAUGUAAGAAAAGUGGUGUCAGAGGCUGAUGGUUAUCAGCCUCACUUGAUUGCCCCAGAGCAAGGUUACAGGCGCUUGAUUGAGGGGGCUCUCGGUUACUUUAGAGGCCCAGCUGAAGCUUCAGUAGAUGCUGUUAACUUUGUUUUGAAAGAACUCGUAAGGAAAUCAAUAGCUGAAACAAAGGAACUGAAGCGCUUCCCAACAUUUCAAGCCGAACUAGCUGCAGCAGCAAAUGAGGCUUUAGAAAGGUUCCGUGAAGAGAGUAAGAAGACAACUGUUCGGCUUGUAGACAUGGAAUCUUCAUAUCUCACUGUGGAUUUCUUCCGGAGACUUCCUCAAGAAGUGGAGAAAUCUGGAACUCCUGCUGCCACAAAUAUUGACCGAUAUGCAGAGGGGCAUUUCAGGAGAAUUGCAUCAAAUGUGUCAUCCUAUAUAGGGUUGGUGGCAGACACGCUUAGAAACACAAUUCCAAAGGCUGUUGUCUAUUGUCAGGUCAGACAAGCAAAACAGUCAUUGCUAAACCAUUUCUACACCCAAAUAGGGAAGAAAGAGGGUAAACAGCUAUCGCAAAUGUUAGAUGAAGACCCUGCAUUGAUGGAGAGGAGACAACAGUGUGCAAAAAGGCUUGAACUAUAUAAAGCAGCAAGGGAUGAAAUUGAUUCUGUUUCCUGGGUACGAUGAGCUUGGAUUCUGUUGCCCUCAUCUUGAUGAUAGUGAUCGAUCAUGGGUUGGCUGGACCCUGAUGUAAUUUACAUAUUUACUAUCAUAUUUUGUUAAUGUUCUUGAUUGUAGGAUAACAUUGGAGUUACGUUGAUUGUCUGAAUGUAUGGUAUACUUCCAUACAGACCUUGGUGAUCCCUUCUUUGGUUGUUACUGUGAUAUGUAGAUAGUAGAUUAAAUUUGUGUAUUUGUGUGUAUUCUUUGUGAUCUCCUUCUUUGGUUGUCUAUUUGUGUUUUCUUUGUAAUCUCAGCCUUGAGUCUCAAAACGACUAUUUUGGUAUUCCAAUGUUUAUCUUCCUUUUCUUGACACUGAAAAACCAAAAGUGGCCGAGAAGUCGUCAGCCCCAGAGGAAAGUUGACAUGAGUUGACGAUGAAUCAUACCCAAAUUGAAGAUUGAUUAAACUUCGGCAAAAUAGAGAUACGCAGAAGAGACAACAAAUUGAGUAAAAAAUAACUCAUCUAAUUACUAAGGCAGGAAGUUUUACAACUGAUCUUGUUCAAGUGGCAAGGUUGAAGGUUAUACAGAAGAUCGUUGAAAAGUUCCAAGGUUUGAAGGAAAUUAUGGAAAAGUGCCAAAGAAAAUUACAUGUCGAAGAGGACGCCUAAUUAGUUAGCAGAUUCCAAUGUCUUCUGUACAGGAUUUUUUCUUAUUAUUCUAUCUGUAGUUGCACCGUUUUCUAGUUGGUCCUGGUUAAUGUAUAUAUUAACUUUUUUAGAGCUA